UUUUUUAAAUAAAUAUGAGAGGUCGGUUCGCUGUCACUUUUCCACGCCUUUUAAUUGCUGAAAUGUCUUAUUCUGUUUUAAGGGUGGGAUAAAAAAAAAAAAAAAGAGGAGAGGGGCAGGAGAAAGAAGGUGUGACAACUGUGGAUCUCUGCAAGUAACUCCUACUAGCGUCCAAAAGAGGGGGGGAGGAUGAGGGGGGGCAUCGGCCAGUACCCCCCUCUCCUUGAUUGAUUAGUUAUUAGUCAUCCCUUUGGCUAAAUGGGACCCAUUGAAAAGGCACCGUGGAACACAUGCAUGAAUCAAAUAUUCCCGGGUCCCUUCAAUGUCUCCACAGUAGUUUUGCUUAAGAAGAGAGGGGGUCGUGGCUGGCAAAUAUAAAGAAAAAAGGAAGGACUCCAAAAAAAAAAAAAAAAGAAGAGAAAGUGUGGACUGUAUAUUUUUGUUUUGUUUUCAUUUUGGAUGUCACAUUUGAGUGGCUUUUUUCGCACAGAAUGAAACUUUGGACAUCACCCUGGCUGCCCUGCCUGGUGAUCCUCAUCCUCUGCUUUGGAUCAGAGUGCGGGACGGUCCGGAGGAAAGGCAGAUCCAAGCGGGACUUGGUGCGCUUGAGGGAGGCGAGAGUCGCCCUCCCGGGGGCUUGCGCCACGCGUCUGCCCCGGGGCAAGCGCUCCCUGGCCGGCUUGGAGCGCCGGGGGCUGCGGCAGCGUCGGCGCUCCUCGCAGCCGGAGGUGAGCUCCCCCGAGCGGGGGAAGGCUGUCUAUUUCACCGGCAGGGGCGACCAGCUCCGGUUAAAGCCCGGCGUGGAGAUCCCACGGGGGAACUUCUCACUCGAGAUGUGGAUCAAGCCGGAAGGGGGCCAGCGCUCGCCUACUGUCAUCGCAGGCCUUUACGACAAAUGUUUCUACGCCUCCAGUGACCGAGGCUGGCUUCUCGGCAUCCAGUCCGUAAGCGAACACGGCAACCGCGACCCCCGCUUCUUUUUUUCCUUAAAGACGGACCGUGCCCACAAGGCGACCGCCAUCCACUCAAACGCCCGCUACGUCCCCAAUCAGUGGGCCCACCUGGCCGUCACCUACAACGGCAUCUACAUGAAGCUCUUCGUCAACGGCGCCCAGGUUGGCGUGAGUCGGGAGCAAUCUGGCGAUGUCUUCAGUCACCUGACCAAAAAGUGCAAAGUGCUGAUGAUUGGCGGGAAUGCGUUGAAUCAUAACUACCGGGGCUCGGUUGAGAGGGUGGCUCUAUGGAGGCAGGCUCUGGAUCAGAGGCAGAUUAUCAGGGACAUGCAGGGCCAUGAGGAUCCGCAAGAUCUACCUCAGCUGGUCAUACGUGAAACAUUUGAGCACCCGGGCAGGAAGUGGCUGACUGUGAAAGAUGGUAGCUUCCCGCAGCCGGAGCAGAAGGGAAGUGGGCGGAUAGGUUUUGAAGGAAAUGCCCAUGGAUUACUAGACACUACGUUAGAGCCUCCAGCUUGCGGUCAAACUGUCUGUGACAAUGUCAAGGUCAUCGAAAACUACAACCAUCUUUGGAGCUUCCGCCGUGCCAAGAAAGUACGGUACCGUGUGAUAAACAUCUGGGACGACACUCGGACCAAGCCAACCGUGUCGGACCACCAGAUCAUCCUGCAGCACCAGCAGCUUAACGACGCCUUCAGCCCUUACAACAUCACCUGGGAGCUCAGCGUCCACAACGUCACCAACUCCUCCCUGAGGAACCGCUUGAUCCUCGCUGACUGUGACAUCAGCAAAGUGGGCGAUGACGCCUGCAACCCAGAGUGCAACCACCCGCUCACCGGCUACGACGCCGGUGACUGCGUGUCGGGGCACCGCAGCCGCUGCCCUGAGAGCAAGCAGGGCAACGGCAUUUGCGAUGCGGAAUGUAACUGGGAGAAUUUCUUCUACGACUUUGGCGACUGUUGCAACCCAGACGUGACGGAUGUGACCAGGACAUGCUUCAACCGCUCCUCGCCAUACAAAGCCUAUCUGGACGUGAAGGAGCUGAAAGAGAUCCUGCGCUUGGACGGCUCCACUCACCUGAACGUCUUCUUUGCCAACUCCUCUGAUGAAGAUCUAGCGGGGGUUGCCACUUGGCCGUGGGACAAAGAAGCCCUCACGCAUUUAGGUGGAAUCGUGCUGAACCCGUCCUUCUACGGUACAUUCGGGCACACCGACACCAUGGUGCACGAGAUCGGUCACAGUCUCGGACUCUACCAUGUUUUUCGAGGGAUCUCAGAGAUCGAAUCGUGUAACGAUCCGUGUUUGGAGACGGAGCCCUCGAUGGAGACCGGAGAUCUUUGUGCGGACACUAAUCCCACGCCCAAGUUCAAGGAAUGCCACGAUCCAGAACCCGGCAACGAGACCUGCGGCUCUCCGCAUUUCACUAACACACCUUUCAACAACUACAUGAGUUAUGCAGAUGAUUCCUGCACCGACUCCUUCACCCUGAACCAAGUGGCUAGGAUGCACUGCUACCUGGACCUGGUCUACCAGACUUGGCAACCUAAUUCCAAACCUCCUCCGGUGCCCAUGCCCCCGCAGGUGGUGGAGCAACAUCACAACUCCUUCACUUUGGAAUGGUUUCCACCCAUUUCAGGACAGUUUUUUGACAGAGAAUUGGGAUCAGUGUGCGAUAAAUGCACCGAGGGUAGAGUUCUUCUGCAAUACGCCUCCAACUCGUCAUCCCCGCGACCGUGCGAUCCCUCCGGACACUGGUCACCGCUUGGGGCUGAAGGUCCUCCAGAUGUAGAGCAGCCUUGUGAGCCAAGCGUGCGCACCUGGAGCCCCAACGCGGGCAACGUGCAUGGCAACGUGGGCCUGUCCGAGUGCCCGCUCCAGGGCUGCAUGCUGCAGCUGGAGUUCCCCUACCCGCUGGUGCCCGACUCCCUGACCGUCUGGGUCACAUUCUUCAGCCCCGAAGAAACGGCUCUCCCCGCCAUCCACAACAUCCUCCUCCUCACCGUCCGCGGCGACAAUAUCUCCCUGGGGCCCAGCAACGUUUUCUGCGACACGGCGCUCACCCUGAAGCUGGACAUCGAGGAGGAGGUGUACGGGGUGCAGUUUUUCACCAUGGAGCAGCACCUGGAGAUCGACGCCACCCUGUUGGCGUCCAAACCGGACUCCUCUCUUUGCGGCGACUGCCAACCUCUGCGUUACCGCCUGCUGAGGCAGCCGCCCUUCACCCACGCGCCACACGGGCUCCUUUUCAACGGACCCAGUCGCCGUUAUACAGACAGGGAUGUGGAGCCGCAUGUGGCCUACACGUAUCGGGUCCAGACCAUAUCGAGCCGGAGCGAGAGCCAACCUUCCCCGCCGCUGGUGCAUGAACUUGGGGCAGCCUAUUGCGGGGAUGGACGGAUCCAGAGUUCCAAGGGAGAGGAGUGUGAUGACAUGAAUUCCAUGAAUGGCGACGGCUGCUCCAGUCAGUGCAAGAAAGAGGCUUUCUUCAACUGUGUCGAGGAGCCGAGCAUGUGCUACUACUACGACGGUGACGGCGUUUGCGAGGACUUUGAGCAAGAGACCGGCGUCCGAGACUGCGGGCUCUACACCCCCAGCGGCUUCCUGGACCAGUGGGCCUCCAGUGUCGAGGUUUCCCAUGAGAAGAAGCCAUACUGUUCGGGCGAGGUGGCUGCAGGGUAUCCGGCUGUUACCAAGACAUGUCAGUCCAAGGUGUUUGAUCUUUCUGACGGUGUGUCCCAAUACGCCUGGUACCCCUGUCAUGAGGCCCACAAGACUUCCCGGGGAUACCCCAACUACUGGCUUAAGGCCCAUUUUUCUCAUCCAAUGGUGGCGGCAGCGGUGAUCAUACACCUGGCGGUCGACGGCACGGCUUACAUUGACCAGACUCAGUGUAACAUCACCGUUCAGCUGGUGGAUACCAAAGAAGGGAUCCAUAGCUUGGGCGAGUGGCGACUGAGCUGCCGUACCAACCCAUUGGUGAUUCCAGUCAGCCAUGACCUGUCGGUGGCCUUCUAUCACACCAAGACCAUCCUGGUCAUGUUCGCCUCUCGCCUCGUCGCCAUCUCCGGGGUUGGGCUGCGAUCCUUCCAGUCCUUCGACCCCAUCACUAUCAGCGGGUGCCAGAGCAAUGAAAUCUACAACCCCACAGGCCAGAGUUGUGUCCAUUAUUCGUGCGAAGCCAUCGACUGCCAGGAGCCCUUAAUCCGCAAUGCAGAGCUCAAGUGCAGCAAUGCCGGACGCCACUUCUACAACGGAGACCGUUGCACCAUCUUUUGCAACUCCGGCUACGUCUUGCAAGUCCACCAGGAUGAUGACAUCAUCAAGACCCAGUCUGACUCCUUGGUGACCAUCACCUGUGCAAACGGCAAAUGGAACAAGCAGGUGUCAUGCGAGCCCGUCGACUGCGGCCUGCCCGAUAAAUACCACGUCCACCCGGCCCGUUUCAACUUCCCCGAGGGCACCACCUACGGCAGGAAGAGCACUUUCCAGUGUCGUGAACCUGCCCAGCUUGUAGGUACGAACAACACUCUGACCUGCCUGGAAGACGGUCUGUGGUCCUUCCCUGAGGCUCUCUGCGAGUUGCGCUGCCCGGCUCCUCCGCCGGUGCCCCAUGCCGUGCUGCAGACAAAGCGUUGCAACGAGACGGGCCUCAAAGUGGGAACGCUGUGCAAGUACAAGUGCAGGCCCGGCUACCACGUGACCAAUAAACCCAAGAGGCGUGCGUUCAAGCGCCAGUGCACAGAAGACGGCAGCUGGCUGGAGGGUGCGUGUGAGCCGGUCACCUGUGACCCGCCGCCCCCCAUCUUCCACGGCUCCUACCACUGCACCGACGGCUUCCGCUUCGACAGCGUUUGCCGCCUCAAUUGCUCAACCGAUGCCGCCGGUAAUAGCGCCAAUGCCGUCACAGGAGGCUCCGCCCACACGGUGAGGCUGCUGCACGCUCCAUGCAAGCAGGGCUCCGGCUCCAACCUGAUCCGCUGUAGGAAGGACGGAAACUGGACGGGGUCCUUCCGCCUGUGCCCCAACAGCAAAGGCCAGUGUUCUUUACCUCAAAACCUGCACUACAGCCUCCAGUACUCAUGCAAGCGAGGACAUGGCAUCGGCGAGGAGUGCGAGCUGUCCUGCAGAGAGAGCAACAACGACGUGGUGAUCCUCCCCAGCAACAUGACCGUGGACGACGUGCUGAAGGAGCACUGGAGGAACCCACACAAGGUCAAGAGUAUUGUCUGCACAAUGGGACUGAAGUGGUAUCCGCACCCAGAAUUACUCCACUGCAUCAAACGUUGUGAGCCGUUCAUGGGAGACAACUACUGUGAUGCAGUAAACAACCGAGCCUUCUGCAACUACGAUGGAGGAGACUGCUGCUAUUCCACUGUCAAGACUAAGAAGGUGAUUCCCUUCCCCAUGUCCUGCGACAUACGGGGCGAGUGCUCCUGCCGGGAUCCGAACGCCAUGGAGAACAAAAGAGAAGAGAAUGUGUAUUCCCUGGGGUGAUCAAACCCACAGAGAGAAGGAUGGGACAGUUUUCCACGUCCCGAGACAUCUUUGCUCCAACACCACACAGCCAGAGUGACAGACCCCCCCUCCCCCCCACCCUCCAUCUUCAUCCUCAAUGUUCCUGCACAUGCUGCUUUAAACAGGUAUACCUCUCCAUCCUCGCAUACACUCCCCGAAACCAGCCGGGACGAUCUGGAAAAGACCACCGGACUCCACGGAAGAACUUUCAUUUCCACACCUGAAGUCACCCUUCGUCGACAAAACCGAUCCCCAAACAAAUGCGUCGAGUUCACAAUAAUUCUAAAUAUAAAAGGAAAUGAAGACACAUGUUUUGAAGGCAUGAGGUUUGGCAAAAGCAGUUCCGUUUCAUUUCGGUCAACGACAACAAGAAAGUGUUUUCUUUAACGGCACACCAGAAGGCCGCUUGGUGGGGAACGAAACGCUCGUAUUUCUCAUUUACUCGCCGCAGAUUCCACACGAAGGCCAACGUGGAAUAAACUCUCUGUUUGAUUGCCCUAAAAACAAUUUUUCCACCCAAAUACUCUUUUUACGUUUUAAGUGCGUAGUCAGGAGAAGGUUGUCUGCUCUUCUUCCGCAAAUUUGCUUCCGGUUGAGCUUUUUUUCACCUACACGUGGAAAUUUGAACCCAAAAAAAUUUAAAUACUGUUGAGAUUUUUAAGUCGGUGCCCUUAUUCUCGUCUUGGAUAAAAAGUUAGCGCUUGGACAUAAAUACGGGAAAUUUUCGAUCUCAUCCGUUGUCGUCCUUACGAGGACGCUUUCAAUAUUUUUUGUUGUUACCGGUCUUGCAGCCCUCAGUCUCUCCUUGCAUAAAAAUCACCUCUUUACCGUGCUGAGAAGUGAAUACGGGAGACCCCCGUUCUCUAUUCCCACCCAAUUAUUCGUUUUAAAUUUUAUUCCAAAACCAAACAAAGCGUGGUUUUCUUCCGCAAAUUUGCUUUGAAUCGGCUUCCAAAUUAGUUUUUUAUCCACGUGCAUAUGGAAUUUUGAACCCAAAAAACUGAAAAUACUGUUGAGAUUUUUAAAUUGGUGCCCUUAUUCUCAUCACGGAUAAAGAGUUGGCGCUUGGACAUAAAUACGGGACAUGCUCCAUCUCGUCCAUAAGACGGACGCUUUCAAUUCAGCAUGUUUUUUGUUGUUACCGAUCUUGCGGCCCUCAGUCUCUCCUUGCAGAAAAAUCACCUCCUUGUCGUGCUGAGAAGUACAUACGGAGACCCUCGUUCUCUAUUCCCACAAAAUUAUUAAUUUUACGUUUUAUUCCAAAACAAAAACAACGCACGUAGUGUUCUUGCACAAAUUUGCUUUCCAGCGGCUUCCAGUUUAGCUCUUUCUCACCUGCAAGUGGAAUUUUGAACCCAAAAAACUGAAAAUACUGUUGAGAUUUUUAAGUCGGUGCCCUUAUUCUCGUCUAGGAUAAAAAGUUGGGGCUUGGACAUAAAUACGGGAAAUUCUCGAUCUGGUUCAUUGUCGUCCUUAUGGCGGACGCUUUCAAUGCGGCAUGUUUUUAGGGUUACCAAUCCUGUGGCCCUCAGUCUCUCGUUGCUUAACAAUUUUCCUAUUUACUUUGCUGAGAAGUAGAGACCCCCGUUCUCUAUUCCCACCCAAUUAUUCGUUUUACGUUUUAUUCCAAAACCAAACAUAGCGUGGUUUUCUUCCGCAAAUUUGCUUUGCAGCGGCUUCCAAAUUAGUUUUUUAUCCACGCGCAUAUGGAAUUUUGAACCCAAAAAACUGAAAAUACUGUUGAGAUUUUUUAAGUCGGUGCCCUUAUUUUCAUCUCGGAUAAAAAGUUGCCACUUGGACAUAAAUACAGGAAAUACUCCAUCUAGUCCAUUGUCGUCAUUAAGACGGACGCUUUCAAUGCAGCAUAUUUUUUGUUGUUACCAAUCUUGCGGCCCUUAGUCUCUCCUUGCAUAAAAAUCACCUCCUUGUCGUCCUGGGAAGUACAUACGGGAGACCCUCGUUCUCUAUUCCCAUCCAAUUAUCUGUUUUAUGUUUCAUUCCAAAACCAAAGAACGCACGUGAUCUUCUUUUGCAAAUUUGCUUUGCAGCGGCUUCCAAAUUUUCAUUUUUUCACCUGCACGUGGAAUUUUAAACACAAAAAACUGAAAAUACUGUUGAGAUUUUUUAAGUCGGUGCCCUUAUUCUCAUCUCGGAUAAAAAGUUGGUGCUUGGACAUAAAUAUGGGAAAUUCUCGAUCUCGUUCAUUGUUGUCCUUACGGCUGACGCUUUCAAUGAAGCAUGUUUUUAGAGUUACCAAUCCUGCGGCCCUCAGUCUCUCGUUGCUUAACAAUUGCCUAUUUACUGUGCUGAGAAGUACAUACGGGAGACCCCCGGUCUCUAUUCCCACCCAAUUAUUCGUUUUACGUUUUAUUCCAAAACCAAACCACGCACGUAAUCUUUUUUCGCAAAUUUGCUUUGUAGUGGCUUCCAAUUUAGCUUUUUUUCACCUGCACGUGGAAUUUUGAACACAAAAAACUGAAAAUACUGUUGAGAUUUUUAAGUCGGUGCCCUUGUUCUCGUCUCGGAUAAAGAGUUAGCGCUUGGACAUAAAUACGGGAAAUUCUCCAUCUCAUCCAUUGUCGUCCAUACGAAGGACGCUUACAAUGCAGCAUGUUUUUUGUUGUUACCAAUCUUGCCGCCCUCAGUCUCUCCUUGCAUAAAAAUCACAUCCUUGUCGUGCUGAGAAGUAAAUACGGGAGACCCCCGUUCUCGUCCAUUGUUGCCCUUAAAACUGACUCAUUUCUAUACAACGUGUUUUUGGUACAUUUUACCAUACUUUGCCCUCAGUCUCUUCGUGGAUAAAAAAAAAAAAAAUAAUAAUUCGCUUGCUAAGAAAUGAAUACAGAAGACCCUUGUUCUCCUCGAUUUAUGUGUGAACUUCAGUGUCGCCAUCAUCAAACAUACAAACAUGCGUAAACGUACAUAAUUUUUCGUAACAAUACGCCACAAAGGUGCACGUCUCUAAUCAACAUAUUGCCGAACUUGUGUGUCCUUCCCCACCAAUCAUUCUCUUUUGGCUGCUAUAAAAGCUUAGAAUUUUGUCACACACUAAUACGCACACAUACACUGCUGCUGCUUGGCUUACUGGGCCCCCAACAUGUUGCUGCUCUGCCGCAUCCGUGGUUAUACAGUCAUAACUUUUCAUCGGACUCGCAAAAAGGCUGCUAUAAGCGUUCCUUGCCAUCCUCAUGUGUGUCGGGACUCAUUAUACGCAAUGAAACAGGUAUUAUUUUCCACCAAAAAAAAAAAACAACGUACAAGUAGUGUAAAUAAGUUCUUGAUUGAGGGUUGUUUUUCAUGUUUUUUUUGUUGUUGUUGUUUAUUCUACCAAAUGUCAUAUUCGAUAAUUUUUUUUUGUAUAAAUGACCUCAGUUUUUGCACUUUUUAGUUGCAAAAUCUUUCAAAAACUGUCCGCGAGAAGAUGCUGCUAUUGUCAGGAUGGUGACGCCAGGCGACGCGGAUCGUGACGCUCAUUUCAACCACCUGUGUCGCCUCACAUCCUCAACUUUCACUCUUUAUACAUCUACGACAUGAACAACAGGCUUUAACAUAUACAGUGGAACCUUCAAGGCUCAGAUUAUUAUUAUUUUUUUUUUUUUUAUGUGACUAUUUUGACGUGACAAUAAAAAUCCAAAAUAGACUAAAUCAACGUUAAACUGUCGCUAUGAAAAAUCUUGUCAGUGGAGUAAAAAGUUCACCGACGAAUGACGGUAAUGUUGUUUUGUUUCAUUUCUGUUGGUUAAAUUGUCCUAUCGGGGAAAAAAAUAAACAAUCGAUUUUAAAACAAUUUAUUAUUUUUUAUACACUAAUAUUUUCUUCAUCUAAUUUUUUUUUUUUACAAUUUUUUUAUUAGUUUAAAUUAGUUUUUCUCUUUUAUUUUAUUUGUUAUUUGCUUCCAAUGUUUGCCAAUUAAAUAUAACGUGCAUACAGAAGGAAACAGCAACAUUUUAUUAUUAUUUUUUUUUUUCAUGGAACAAUGACUCGAUUGAACUUUUGAAAGAAAACAUUACACUUUUUCAACUUAACAUUUGUUUAAAAAAAAAUUAAAUAUAUUUUUAAAUAUUUUACAAAAAAAUAAAAUAAAAUAUACAUAUUUUUAAUAACUUUAGAUGACACUUAGAUCUUUGAAAUAGUAAUAAAUUACAAUCUUAAACGAUUAAAAAAAAAAAAUCAAUACAGCUUGAUAAAAUCAGGUGUUCACUCCCAUUUAUAACAAGGUCAACUACUGUUUAUGAACAGUUAAUAUCAUGGAGUGACAACUGUGUGUUACCCAGGAAGGGAGACUCUUCCCAAACACUGGGCACGCGAUUUAUUUUCUCCAAUUACGUGAACUUAUCUUCACUUUCGUCGUAUUUUACUGGAAAAAAAUAAAGUCCGAAAAAUAUGUCUAUGGGGAGGAAAUCCAUCUGCAAACAUUAAGUGGCGUAUUUUUUCCCAGACAAAUCGUACGAUUUGAAGGGAAGUUCAACUUUGGGGGUUCCACUGUAACUCUAAUAAUUCCACAUUACAUAUCACAUCUGGUUCAGCUGCACAUUUUUUCUUUGGUUUUGUAUUGUUUUGCCCUAUUUUUAGAACGUGCACACCUAGACCGAAGGAAAACCUAAACGAAGGAAUCGAAAUUCAAUGUUUUUAUUUUUCUAUGUUGUUUAAAAGGCUACAUUCUCUUCAAAGGUUUAUAAGAACGCAUGUUGUUUUGGACCAUUCUUGUUUUUGUUUCCUUUGUUAGUUAUAGUUUCUAUAGCCUCUACCGUAUGUCCAAUGUUCAGAAUUGUAUUUUUUUUUUUUCUUUACAGUUUUUUUGGGGGGAGGGGUUCAUUUUUAAGCCAUACAUACAAAAGAAGGAACAUCACCUUGAUACUGUCGCCAUCACAGGAUCCCUCGCUGUACCUCAUGCCUGUAAUGUUUGCUGCUUCAACACACACACACACACA